AUGGAGCAGAGGAAUCAGAGUGGGAGGGUAAGUGAGUUUGUGUUGCUGGGCUUCCCGGCUCCUGCGCCACUGCGGGCACUUUUAUUCGCCCUUUCUCUGCUGGCCUAUGUGUUGGUGCUGACUGAAAACACACUCAUCAUUAUGGCAAUUAGAAACCACCCCACCCUUCACAAACCCAUGUACUUCUUUCUGGCUAAUAUGUCCUUCUUGGAGAUCUGGUAUGUUACUGUCACUAUUCCCAAGAUGUUAGCUGGAUUUGCUGGGUCCAAACAGAGCCAGGGACAGCUAAUCUCCUUUGAGGGCUGCAUGACACAGCUCUAUUUUUUCCUGGGACUGGGCUGCACUGAAUGUGUCCUUCUUGCUGUUAUGGCCUAUGAUCGCUAUGUGGCCAUCUGCCAUCCUCUCCACUAUGCUGUCAUUGUCAGCGGUCAGCAGUGUGUGCAGCUUGCUGCUGGCUCCUGGGCUGGAGGUUUUGGUAUCUCCAUGGUCAAAGUUUUUCUCAUUUCUCGCCUCUCCUACUGUGGACCCAACAUCAUCAACCACUUUUUCUGUGAUGUCUCCCCAUUACUCAAUCUUUCAUGUACUGACAUGUCAACAGCAGAGCUUACAGACUUUGUUCUGGCCAUUUUUAUCCUGCUGGGGCCACUCUCUGUCACUGGGGCCUCCUAUAUGGCCAUCACUGGUGCUGUGGUACGAAUUCCCUCAGCUGCUGGGCGCCAUAAAGCCUUUUCCACCUGUGCCUCUCACCUCACUGUUGUGAUCAUCUUCUAUGCAGCCAGUAUCUUCAUCUACGCCCGGCCAAAGGCACUCUCAGCUUUUGACACCAACAAACUGGUUUCUGUACUCUAUGCUGUCAUUGUACCUUUGCUCAACCCCAUCAUUUACUGCUUACGCAAUCAAGAGGUCAAGAGAGCCCUACGCCAUACGCUACACCUAUACCAGGGCCAGGAUGCUAAGCGCAGGAAAGCAAGCAGAGAUGGGUAGAAAAUGCUCUUAAACUUGGCCUCUAUAUCUUCUAUGAAGUCCAGAGGAGUUCUUAUGCCCUAAAUUAGGGACUAGGGCUCAAAAACACCACCAUGGAACUAAUCCAGAAGGAAGAAGAGGGAUGGAUUGCAAGCUGGCAGCUCGAUUUCUGCAGGACAGCACUGUAAAUACAUAUUAGAAUGUUCCAUGUUAUCUACUCUAUUGUAAUUUACAUAGAACAGGUUCACGAAUCAUGCAUCCUGAUGGGAUGAGAAGGAUUGGCUCUGAGCAGAAGACUGACUGCACUUCAAUAUUUAAAUAAGCAAACAAAUGCAGAACUAAUAUCUCUCUAAAUGGCCUUUCCUGGGUUUGCUCUUUGUCUUAGUUCUGUGGCUGAAGGUGUAGAAAAGGAAAGCAGAAUGAGGAAGCCAUUCAA